GUCAUUAUAUGUUAAAAAGCUUUAUGUGGCCUAUUACAGCUAUCCACUUCCUAAGCGUUUCUCUCUCUCUCAGAUUAAUGUUGGGAAUGUCUUAUAUUAUCUUAAUAAGUUAAGUUUGUUUUCCACUUGAAAAAUUCAGUUCCAGCUUCAUUUCAAAGGAAACAAGACAACUCUUAUUUUGAAAGCGUAACCAGGAUGCUUAUAUUAAGUCACGUCAGACAUCGUUUGCAGUUUUAGAGGAACUUUCUGAAUUUCUGCUCGGAUGAAUCUCAUCUAUGAUCUCAUCCAGUUCAUACAAAUCGUUUUCUUUUUACAUCUGUUCACCCAAAUAGUAGGAGUCGAAACGUUAUGAACUCACUAGUGUUAGCUUUGAUUUUCCUCUUUCACUUUUACCGUCAAAGUUUGGGCCAAAACGGGACCACCAGACCCAACAUUGUGAUAGUGAUGAGUGAUGCAUUUGAUGGGCGAUUGACGUUUGACCCUGGCCUCAAAGUUGUGCAGCUGCCAUAUAUAAAGUAUCUCAGGGAGCUUGGUUCCACCUUCCUCAAUGCCUACACCAAUUCUCCAAUCUGCUGCCCUUCGAGAGCUGCUAUGUGGAGUGGUCGGUUUGUUCACCUCACUCAUUCAUGGAACAAUUACAAGUGCCUUGAUGGUAAUGCAACAACAUGGAUGGACUUGCUGGAGGCAAAUGGUUAUCUUACCAAGAUGAUGGGCAAGUUGGACUACACCUCAGGGGGUCACUCUGUCAGUAAUCGGGUUGAGGCCUGGACACGAGAUGUACAGUUUCUUCUGCGGCAAGAGGGCCGACCUGUUACACAAUUGACUGGGAACAUGUCAACAGUACGAAUCAUGAGAGAAGACUGGAGAAACACAGACAAAGUUACACAGUGGAUCCAUCAGCGAGCAGCAUCCUCACACCAGCCCUUCGCUCUCUAUCUUGGUCUUAAUCUACCUCACCCCUAUAAAACAGAGUCCCUGGGCCCCACCGCAGGAGGAUCAACUUUCCUUUCCUCACCAUACUGGCUCACAAAGGUGUCUUUUGAUCUCAUCUCUGUUCCUAAGUGGCUGCCUAUGGCUGCUAUGCACCCUGUUGACUACUACUCCACCUACACCAAAAACUGUAGUGAUGUUUUCACUGAGGAUGAAGUCAAAAGCAUUCGGGCCUUCUAUUAUGCCAUGUGUGCUGAAACAGAUGCCCUGCUGGGCCAAGUGAUUUCAGCUCUGAGAGAGACUGGCCUGCUUAACAACACUUUUGUGAUCUUCACGGCCGACCACGGAGAGCUAGCCAUGGAGCACCGACAGUUCUAUAAAAUGUCAAUGUUUGAAGGCAGUUCUCAUGUUCCACUGCUCAUCAUGGGGCCUGGGCUGAUGUCGGGCCUGCAGGUCAACCAGCUUGUGUCUUUGGUUGACAUCUAUGCCACUGUCCUGGACAUUGCUGGAAUCUCAGCAGGAUUUAAUCUCAGUGGUCAUUCGCUCAUUCCUCUGCUUUCCAAGUCCAGUGCUUUUUCCCGGAAGCAAUACCCAGACUGGGUAUUUAGUGAAUAUCAUGGUUGUAAUGCCAAUGCUUCUACAUACAUGCUAAGAAGUGGUCGGUGGAAAUACAUCGCCUAUGCAGACGGACUGAGUGUCCCCCCACAGCUUUUUGACCUUACAUUGGACAAGGAAGAACUUCAUAACGUAGUUCUCAAAUUCCCAGAUGUGCAGGCACAUUUGGAGAAGCUACUGCGUAGCAUUGUAGACUAUCCAAAAGUUUCUACAGCUGUCCAUCUUUAUAAUAAAAAAGCAUUUGAAUCCUGGCGUGAUAGUCUGGGGAGAAACUACAGCCAGGUCAUUGCUAAUCUCAGGUGGCAUGUAGAUUGGCAAAAGGAUGCAUUAGCUAAUGAGAGAGCUAUUGACAGGUGGCUUCAUGGCUCUUUGUGACAUUUGCACAGGAUACUUUACUUUAAGGUGUCUGUUAUUUUAUGAGUUGGUCUCACACUUUGAUUAAAGUUGCACUUUCAUUGUCACAUCUCUGACAAUGAAAGAGUCAAUGGCUGGAAUACUGACAAACACCAAGAAGGGAGCACAGUCCUUACAUCCUUACACAGGCUUCCAGGUAAAUACAGAAUUAAAACCUACUUAUUGUCAGCAAGUCUAUCAAUGGUCUGGGCCCAAAAUAUAUCAGAGAUAUGUUUGCUGAGUACAAGCCUGGUAGGUGUCUCAGAUCUGCAGGGACUGGUUAGCUAGUGGUGAGGGCUUUUAGCCAUCAUGCUGUCUACAGCUCCCAUUAGAACUUAGAUCUGCCCCAACUGUAGCCACUUUUAAAACUAAAGACUGUUCUUUUUUCCCCAUUGCAUUUAAUUAAUGUAUGCACUUUAACUGUAGACAGACUUUAUCUGCUUUUAUCUUUCUUCCAUUACUCAAUGACCAAUUGCUGUUUAGCUGACUUAUAGACUCAAUUGUGAAUAGCACUGAUUUACUGUUUAGACUGUAUAGACAGUAAUGGAGCAAAAUUCCAGACGAAAGUAGGCCCAGCUCUGAUGUUUAAGUACUAAGAGAUUAGUCUUAGGAAGAAGGAAAAGGGGUAGAAAAUAUAAUUAGAACAGUGAGAAUCCACAGAUUACCAUAGCUGUUACAGGUCCAUUUAGCAGACUGUAUACACACCGAUGUUUUAAAUCCCCUCAUCCACCCACAAAAAAAGUACACUCACCUUUGGUGUAAAUUACUCAGAGGUUAGUCUUGUAAAGACUGAUGAAAGGUGUACAAAAUAUAUUGAGAAAAGUGAGAAUCCACAGUUUGCCACAGCUAUCCUAAACAUUUUUGGGACUGUUUUGCUGAUUGUACAGACAAUGGUGUUUCAAAUUUCUGAAGGAAAGUACACCUGCCUUUAAUCAAAGGUUUGUCUUGGGAAGACUCAAGUAAAGGGGUACCAAGUAUAAUGAGAACAGUGAAAAUCCGCAGUCUGCCACAGCUAUCCCGAGAGUACUAUCUGACAUUAGCAUGUUGCUGUUUUGGAUUGUCAGGUAAUUGUUGCUUUAAUUUGCAUUUAAUAUUUGAAUUAAAUGCAUUCUAAUGUUUUAUCUAUGUGUGUCUUUUAAUGUUUUAU